CAUCACAACCAUUAACAAAACAGUGGUACUGUAAGAAAUCCAUCAGUUACGUUUCAAGUUCUUCUGCAGCAACAUGUGCCGAUUAUUGGUUGUUUUCGCCCUCGUGCUUGUGGCUCAGGUCUGCCAGGGUAAACUCCGGGUGGACAGUGCCAACGUCAUCCGCACUGUCCUUAGGACGGACGGGCAAAGAGUCCAACACAUCAUUCAUAAUGGUAUUCUCGCCAGGGACACGGACAUCCCAAACCACCCUGAGGAGCUGGCGUACAGGGAGGUCAGCGAUGGGAAAGAGCUCGUCCAGGCGAUCAUGCGAGGACGGGACCAAGUGUUAGAUUGUGAUAUAAGGAAGAACGAUGAGGCUGUGACCACCUUCACUGAGACAUUCGUGCCGGACCAGUUCAAGAACCCACAACAGAUUAAAGAGGAGAACAUCACCACGCUAAGAUUAGGACAAGCUUUACCCGAGGGACUUAGACAUAUUGCAGACUUCCAUUCUUUGUUAAAGAAGUGCCGCGAACAUCACAAAUCUGUUAAGCUGUCCCUGAGGAGGAGCAAGCAGUCUAAGGAAGGGUUCUCUGGUAUGGUAAGGAAGAAAAGGCAAACCCACCUCCCCAUAAACCAAGGAGACCAAAUCCACCGCGCCGUGAAUGCAGGAGACGAAUCUGAGUUCGGAAUCUUCCCCGGAACGAACUGGUGUGGCCGAGGAGCGAAGACAUCCCGAUACGAAGACCUCGGCCCAAACAGAGACACGGACAAGUGUUGUCGGACGCAUGACCACUGCCCUUUCUUCAUCGGAGCCAUGGAGACGAAAUACGGAUUCCUGAACUUCAGACUACACACGCUCAGUCACUGUGACUGCGAUCACGCGUUUCGCUCUUGUCUUCGGGGGAAGACAGACCCGACCGCGGACAUGGUUGGAAAUCUCUACUUCAACGUGAUCGGAAUGAAAUGCUUCACAUUCGUCCCCAAGAGAGUCUGCCAGAAGCGUUCGUGGUGGUACAAGUGCGAAAGUUUUGAGAUGACGUAUGAAGUCGCCGUUCACGACUCGCUCAGUUACUGAAAAAUGUCUCGUAGAUCUUCUCCUGCACGUAUUUGUUCAAAAACGCUGGGGCCAUAAUAGUUAUGGGACAUUUCGUUUGUAUCAAAGGAUGCGCUGAGGUCCCUGCUUGGAGAGUCAUUGGCUAACUGCCCUGUUUGACUCUUGUCCGCGAAAGAGUGUCGUUGGUUUUUCAGCGAGGGUUGAUUCUCAAAUGCUAUGUCACUUACGUAUCAAAUUGACUUGAUGUUCGUUCCAUACGAGACUUCAUACGGCGUUGGUGUUUAAUGUUGACAUCUGUCUUGGAGUCAAUUAAAGAUGUUAUUUGUAAGAUAAGACAAUACGUUUCAACAGAGCACAUGGGCAAGUAAAUUGAGAGCGUUAGUCGCAGCGACAGAAAAACGGUAUUGCUGGUUGUACGAGUACGUUAGCAAGAGAAGAUUUUUUUGUCGCUGCGACUGUCGCCGCGAUUUAGUCGCCCUUGUGCGCUAUAUUUUAGUCUUACACUACGUAGGCUUCCUAUACACAAAACCGUUCUCAGGUUUGCGUCGAUGACAAUAUCAAUGCCUUCAAUGCAAAAUCACUGCUUAGAUGGUUGUUAAUAAGCGAGGUUAGAUGUAGAAUUAGAUUAAAUACCUAUAUAUGUGCUUUAAGAAAGUACGUCAUGAUGUCCCACUAAGGCAACUAUUGUAAGAUAUUGUUGAUUUGUUUCUUUAGCCAUGUACCAUGAAACAAUGGCGCGGAACUUUCCCAGAGGACACAGAUUCCUAUUACACCAUUUCAAAAUGUAGUAUGUCAAUUGGAGGACGUCAGGCACGAAAAGGCCGCGGGAGGGAGGCGAAUCAUCAUAGAAUCCUGAUAGAUUCAAAGUGGGUUAAUCAAAAUUUUGUAACAAUACAAGACGAAGACAGUCAGCUGUAUGAGUAAUGGACUUUAUGAACUAAGCAAUUGUAUAAUAAUUUUGGUAAGGUUGUCUGUUUUGACAAAUCUUCUUCCAUCAAAUUCCACUGUAAAUAACAACAAAAAUUGUACUACGACAUUUCAAAUUUUAAUAAAGACAUUUCUUAGA